CUUACGUUAUUAUUUACAUGACAUAAUAUUUCAAACAAUGUGGAUCAAUGUGUCGUCGAACAUCAGUUACAGCUCGUAGUAGAGAGUCGAUGGGUCGUUAGCGUUACCAACAUCUGUACUAGACGAUACACAGGUACUUUAAGGAUCUGUGUAGCAGCUAUUUGGACGAAAAAUCAAGACAAAAAUUACGACGAGUAAUUUUCAAGAGAAUCGAAAUUGACAAUCGAGCCCGAAAGAAUCCAUUCGCCAUGCCGUCAAAAAUAUGUUACGCUUGCGUGCACGCAAACGCCGAAUCGUGCGUAUUCGAAGGCGCCGAAUUCUUCGAGACACACAAACGAAACCGCCACCCGGAGCUGAUUUGUGCGGAGUUAGCCAAGUGUCCCGUGUGCCUGGUCGCGUUCAGAAGCGACGCGUUGCUCCGAGAGCACAUCGGCCGCGAUCACGAGGACCUGGCCAAGAAGAUCGAGCGAGUCCGGCGGAGCUUCAAGUGCUCCUACUGCCUGGACGACGUGUUCCGAUCGCCCGAGGCGGCGCGGCAGCACGCGAGAAGCCGCCACGGCCACGAGCUGCUCGAGUGUCGGCCGUGCGGGCUGAGCUUCGAGCACGUCUACCUGCACGAGCGGCACCAGCUCGACGCACACGCGAUAACGCCGACCUACGAGUGCAGCUGCCAGGACGUAGAUUGCGACUUCGAGUCGGCGGACCUGUUCGACGUGCACGAGCACGUGAGAGAGGCGCACGAGAAACAGUCGAAUCACUUCACGGGUACGCACGCGACGCGGGAGACGCAGGGCCCGGAAGCCAGCGAAGCUUGCACCCUGUGCGAGGCGAGAUUUCGACGCAGCGAAGACAAAUUCCGGCACAUCGUCGAGCAGCACGAGACCUGCUUGCUGAUCGGAUGCAAGCUGUGCACGGAUUACCGGGUGCAGGACGAUUUGGACGGGGCGGUGCAGCACGCCUUGGAAGCUCACGACCGGCUGGACGACAUCGACGCGCUCUUCUCGAUAAGGAUUUUAAAGGUACCGCGCCCGAAGGACUGCCGACGCUGUCGCCAGCGCUUCGGCCGUACCCAGGAGCUGGCCGACCACCUGCUGUGGGAGCACGACCAGAUGCUGGCCUUCGCCUGUCGAGCGUGCGGCAUCGAGGUCCACGACGAGCCCGACAGUUUGCUGCGCCACGCGGCGACGGCGCACCACUGGGACGAGCUCGCGCAGCCGCAGUUCCACCUGGACGGGGUGUACGACGUGCUGGUCUGCAGCUCGGAUCUGCGGGCUCGCUGCCUCGUGCCCGCCUGCCGGCAGAAAUUCAAGGACGAGGACGACGGCCUCUAUCAUUACCGCGAGGCCCACGAGGACGACGCCUACAACCUGUUCAUGUGCGUGUGGUGCCAGGCGCAGGGCCGCGCGCGAAUGUUCACCACGCAGGUUGCCUUGGGACGUCACGUGGAACGCUGCUACAGUGGCUUGGGCCCGCACGCGAGCGUCUUCAGACUUUACACGCGGCCGAAUCUGCGCUGCUGCAAAUUGUCGAUCGUCGACGUGCCAGCCGAGUAUCCGGCUACUAGUCCGGAUAGCGGCCAUAGCUCGGGUUGAGGUGCGCUUCGAUCAGAGAUUCCGCGAAGCGAUGAGUACCUAUACGAGUCAGCUGUGAAAAUGAAGAUUUUCAAACGCGUUUCUUGCGGUUUCUACUGCCAUAUUUCCGCGUUAGUUCCGAAGGCAUUCGAGAGUCUUGAUCGAAAUAUGUGAGUUAAAAAUCGCAACGACGAGUAAAUUUGCAAAAUGUUUCAUUUUCAACCUGACUUUCGGUAUUGCAUCGAACUUUAAAAAAAUUUCACGACUCCAAGAAUCGAAUAUGUAAAUAACGCAAAUAAAGAUGAUGAUCUUUUGCAAGACAAAUAAUAUCGCACGAGUGAUGUAUCCAAAACAUGUAUUUUUUAAUUAGAAAAUAUGAUUGUAUCAUAUAUAGAGUACAUUUGUACAUAAAUUUUAAAUUAUGUAUUUUACAUUGUAGACUAUUGUAAGCAAAUAGCAUAAAAAUUUUAUGACAAUAA